AUGAGUUUUCAGCCAAACUUUGAGGGUGGUGCUCAGCAGCAGCAAGGAAAAGAUGAGCAAAACGCCUUCGGUGGUGCGCCCGCCGGCCUCCAGCAGCCCAACCCUAUGAACCAGCAGAUGGAUCCCUCUCAGCAGCAGGGGCCAUUCCCUGGCGCUCCUCAAGGCGGCGCUCCUGGACCAGGAGGCCCUCAGGCGGGCGGCGACCAAAAGACCACCCUUUGGAUGGGUGAGCUCGAGCCCUGGAUCGAUGAGAACUUUGUGCGCAGUGUAUGGUUCAACUUGGGAUAUCAAGUCAAUGUGAAGAUGAUCAGGGACAAAUUCUCUGGAAGCAAUGCUGGAUAUUGUUUCGUCGAUUUUGAAAGCUCGGAGCGUGCUGCAGCUGCUCUGGGCCUUAACGGCCAGGUCAUUCCCAACUCUAACCGCCAAUUCAAAUUGAACUGGGCAUCUGGUGGCGGUCUGGCUGAUCGUAGCCGCGACGAUCGAGGACCGGAAUUCUCCAUCUUCGUGGGCGACCUGGGUCCAGAGGUCAACGAAUAUGUUUUGAUGUCGCUGUUUCAAGGCAAGUAUGGCUCAUGCAAAUCUGCAAAGAUCAUGUCCGAUCCCAUAAGCGGCAUGUCUCGCGGAUAUGGAUUUGUUCGCUUCGCAAGCGAAGACGAUCAACAGAAAGCACUUCACGAGAUGCAGGGUGUCUACUGUGGCAACCGUCCCAUGCGCAUCUCUACUGCAACCCCCAAGAACAAGAAUGCCGCUGGCCCUGGCGGCCCUGGCGGCCCCAUGGGUGGCAUGCAAGGCCCAGGAGGCGGCCCUGGUAUGGGCGUUUACGGCAUGGGUGCUCCCCAAAACGUGAACUACUACACUGGCCAGCCUCAGCCGAUGAACCAAUUCACUGAUCCUAACAACACCACCGUCUUCGUGGGAGGUCUUUCGGGCUACGUCACUGAAGACGAGCUGCGCUCUUUCUUCCAGGGCUUCGGUGAGAUCACCUACGUGAAGAUUCCACCAGGGAAGGGUUGCGGAUUUGUACAGUUCGUCCAGCGCCACGCUGCCGAGAUGGCCAUCAACCAAAUGCAGGGCUAUCCUAUUGGUAACUCGCGAGUGCGACUCAGCUGGGGACGUUCCCAGAACAACUCUGGCCCGGCUGGAACACCCUACCGCCCAGCGCCUCCGCCUCCGGUGUACCCAUCGAUGGGCUCGAUGGGCUCGAUGGGCAUGCCGCCGCAACACCCCUAUGGCAACUUUGCACCCAUGAAUGUACGUCGAACAUGA